AUGGAGUUUGGCGAAGGAGGACUACUACAAGAGCCAGUGAGCCCGGGUAGUCAAUUAGUCAACAGCUCUGUCUUAUCUCUUGCAAUUCUUGCCGUUUUGGAAUCACAAGUUGCAGUCGACGAUUCUCAAACUUUUUUGCUUCUUAAAAAUGUCUUCCUCCCGAUUAAUCCACGCUUCUCUUCCAUCAUGGUUGAAGGUGUGGAUGAAAAGAAUAAGCAGUGGAAGAGGGUUGAAGUGAAGCUGGAAGACCAUGUGCAUGUCCCCAUUUUCCCCACUGGAAUGUCACUUGAAUCAUACGAUACUUACUUUGAUGAGUACAUAACGAAGAUAGCAUCAGAAACAUUCCCACAAAGCAGGCCAUUGUGGGAACUUCAUCUUUUCAAGUACCCAACAAGUCAUGCAGCUGGACAGAUAAUAUUCAAGAUCCACCAUGCCCUUGGCGAUGGCUACUCUCUCAUGGGUGCUCUUCUCUCUUGUCUCCAAAAUGCUCAAAAUCCUUCUCUUCCCCUGACAUUUCCUUCACUAAAGGGUGCAAAGAAUGAAGCUAAUAGUCGAUCCCGUGUGUUUGAGUUUGUGCCUAAGAUAUUUUCUGCCGUUAUCAACGGUGCAUGGGAUUCAUGUUGGAGCAUUUUGACGGGCACUUGGGUUGAAGAUGAUCGAACACCAAUAAGGUCCGGCGUUGAUGGGGUUGAGUUUCGACCUUUGUCCGUAUCGACCUUGAUGCUGCCUAUUGAGGAAAUUAAACUUAUCAAGAACAAGCUUGGAGUGACGAUAAAUGAUGUGAUUUCAGGAACAAUCUUUCUGGGCAUCCGAAUGUACAUUCAAGAGAUGGAUAAUGAAAAAUCAAGUAGCCAGAACUGCACCGCAUUGGUGUUGCUGAAUAGUAGACUUGCUGCGGGUUACAAGUCAGUGCAGGAGAUGUUGAUCGAAACAAACAAGUCUUGGGGAAACCGAAUUGUGUUCUUGCCCGUCUCGGUGCCCAAGUCAAGUGAAGUUACAAAGCCACUGGAUUUUGUGUGGGAAGCACAUAAUAUAAUCAAGAGACAGAGAAACUCUUCAUCUUGGUACCUCACCACUAGGUUCCUGGAUAUUUUGAAGAAAUUUAGAGGCCCUGAGGUAAUUAAUUAUUAA